UAUUCUCUAAUUUAUUUUAUGUUUGGGACAAUAAGGAAAUACUUAUUGAGUGAAGACGAACAAACUGUAAAUAGUACAUAUGAAAACACAGCUUUAGAAUGCGAUUCGAACAAUUUAUUUGUUAAAAAUUGUAAAAAUUCUAGUGACAACAAUUCUCUUAUUUAUGCAAAUUAUGGAGAAAUUUCUCGUUUACAAGAAUUACAAGAAAUUGAUAGAAGGCCUUAUCCUCCAUUUCCGGAUGCUUCUUCCUCUCCCUUGUUAGUUUAUUUUUUUGAGGUUUUUGUUGUCUUUCGAUUAAAAAAGAUUAUAAAAUCCCAGAAAGGGAACAGAAAAAAGUGA